AUGGGCAUCAAUUGUGUAAGGGGUGUCGAUCCAUUGGGUGCUACUAUUCCUAGGAGCAAUAAACUCGAUCCUUCACCGAUUAUUGAAUCAAGAUUACCGAUCAUUUUUCUUAUUGGAGGUCCAGGAGCGGGCAAAAAGACACAGUGUACGCAGAUAACAAAACAUUACGGCUUCUGUGGCAUUGUAACUAGAGACUUGCUACGUGAUGAAGUAGCCACUGGUUCACAAAGAGGCGUCAUCUUGGCAUACUUGAUGUCCGAAGGUAAACUAGUUCCCUCGAAUGUUCUAGUAGAACUCAUCAAAGUGAAGAUGCUCAACAACUUAAGCGGCACGCGGGGUUUUUUGAUAUGUGGAUUUCCCAAAGAAAAACUACAAUGUAAACACUUCGACAAGUAUAUCCAGCCACUGGAUCUCGUUCUGUACUUAUGGGUCAGAAACUCAGUGCUGAUGGACAGGAUUCUAGCCAGGACUGUCACCGCUACCGAACGGCUGGAGCGCAACUUUGACGAAAUCAAACGACGAAUCAAGGAAUUCGUCAAGAUGAACAAACCGAUUCUCAGGUAUUACAGAAAGAAAUUGAUUGUCAUUGAUGGUGAGAAAGAAAAGUCAGAAGUCUUCAAUGAUAUCUGCAACGCUAUCGAUCAAGUCUUGGGGAACUUUCCAAGCACAUCCAUGACAAAAGCGGCCAAUAAAUAAAACUCGUUUCUUCAAAUUAUUGCACCAUAUCUUUUACGUAUUAAAAUACACAACACAAUGCAUGCACAAAUUGUGAAUAAUAUUAUAAUAAAUAUUGUGUCAAAGAACAGAAUUUGAUUAAUUUUAUUUUAUAAUUUUUAAUCAGUCACACUUCCUGCUGCAAAAUUGGCAUUAAAAAGUCUUUACUUGUUUUUAAACAAAGAUUAAUUUUGCACAUUUCGAGAUCUUUAUCAGCGUUCGGGUAAAAAUGAAUAUCGGAAACCGCACAGUGCAUCUAACAGCAAACGAUUCGUAUUCGCUUUUAUUUGCCACCGAUAAGUUAUCUUUAUUUGAUACAUCCCAACAAAUGUGAAUCAUUGACGAGUUAUGAAAUUAUAAAUAGAUUAUGUUAAAAGAGUUUGUAAAAAUUUUACGAUUAACAUUUAUAUA